GGCGUCCUGCAGCCGCGAGGGAGCCGCCGCUCGCAUCUACACCGCUGGCGGGAGUAUGGUGAGGAGGAGGAAGAUACCUAAGUGGGAUUUCUGAGGAGGGGCUGCGGUGACUUCGUCUCAGCCCACCAUGAGGUUCUUCCUGCUCUGUGCCUACAUGCUACUUCUGAUGAUUUCCCAGCUGAGGGCAGUCAGCUUUCCUGAAGAUGAUGAACCCCUUAAUACUGUUGACUAUCACUAUUCAAGGCAAUAUCCGGUUUUUAGAGGACGCCCUUCAGGCAAUGAAUCGCAGCACAGGCUGGACUUUCAGCUGAUGUUGAAAAUUCGAGACACACUUUAUAUUGCUGGCAGGGAUCAAGUUUAUACAGUAAACUUAAAUGAAAUCCCCAAAACAGAAGUAAUACCAAGCAAGAAACUGACAUGGCGGUCGAGACAGCAAGAUCGAGAAAACUGUGCCAUGAAAGGCAAACAUAAAGAUGAAUGCCACAACUUUAUCAAAGUAUUUGUCCCAAGAAAUGACGAGAUGGUUUUUGUUUGUGGUACCAAUGCAUUCAAUCCCAUGUGUAGAUACUACAGGUUGAAUACCUUAGAGUAUGACGGGGAAGAAAUUAGUGGCCUGGCAAGAUGCCCAUUUGAUGCCAGACAAACCAAUGUUGCCCUCUUUGCUGAUGGGAAGCUGUAUUCUGCCACAGUGGCAGACUUUCUGGCCAGCGAUGCCGUUAUUUAUCGAAGCAUGGGCGAUGGCUCUGCCCUCCGCACGAUAAAAUAUGAUUCCAAAUGGAUAAAAGAACCACACUUUCUUCAUGCCAUUGAAUAUGGAAACUAUGUCUAUUUCUUCUUUCGAGAAAUUGCCGUAGAACAUAAUAAUUUAGGCAAGGCCGUGUAUUCCCGUGUGGCCCGCAUAUGUAAAAACGACAUGGGUGGCUCCCAGCGGGUACUGGAAAAACACUGGACUUCAUUUCUGAAGGCUCGGCUGAACUGUUCUGUCCCUGGAGAUUCGUUUUUCUACUUUGAUGUUCUGCAGUCCAUUACAGACAUAAUACAAAUCAAUGGCAUCCCCACUGUGGUCGGGGUGUUUACCACACAGCUCAACAGCAUUCCUGGGUCAGCCGUCUGUGCAUUUAGCAUGGAUGACAUUGAAAAAGUAUUCAAAGGACGAUUUAAAGAACAGAAAACUCCAGAUUCUGUGUGGACUGCAGUCCCUGAAGACAAAGUACCAAAGCCAAGGCCUGGCUGUUGUGCAAAACAUGGGCUUGCAGAAGCUUAUAAAACCUCCAUCGAUUUCCCGGAUGAAACCUUGUCUUUCAUCAAAUCCCAUCCCCUGAUGGAUUCAGCCGUGCCCCCCAUAGCUGACGAGCCCUGGUUCACAAAGACACGGGUCAGGUACAGACUGACGGCCAUCGCAGUAGACCGCUCUGCCGGGCCCCACCAGAACCACACCGUCAUCUUCGUUGGCUCUGAAGCUGGUGUGGUGCUUAAAGUUUUGGCAAAGACCAGUCCUUUCUCUCUGAAUGACAGCGUUUUACUGGAAGAGAUUGAAGCUUACAAUCAUGCAAAGUGCAACGCUGAGAAUGAGGAAGACAAAAAGGUCAUCUCGUUACAGUUGGAUAAAGACCACCAUGCUUUAUUCGUGGCGUUCUCUAGCUGCGUUAUCCGCAUCCCACUCAGUCGCUGUGAACGUUAUGGGUCCUGUAAAAAGUCUUGUAUUGCAUCUCGUGACCCGUAUUGUGGCUGGUUAAGCCAGGGAGCCUGUGGCAGGGUGACCCCUGGGAUGCUGCUGUUAACCGAAGACUUCUUUGCUUUCCAUAACCACAGUGCUGGAGGGUAUGAGCAGGACACGGAGUUCGGCAGCACGGCCCACCUAGGGGACUGCCACGAAAUUUUGCCUACUUCAACUACACCAGAUUACAAAAUAUUUGGCGGUCCAACAUCUGACAUGGAGGUAUCUUCAACUUCUGUUACCACAAUGGCAAGUAUCCCAGAAAUUACACCUAAAGUGAUUGAUACCUGGAGACCUAAACUGACGAGCUCCCGGAAAUUUGUAGUUCAAGAUGACCCAAACACUUCUGAUUUUACUGGUCCUUUAUCAGGUAUCCCAAAGGGAGUCCGCUGGGAAGUUCAGUCUGGAGAGUCCAAUCAGAUGGUCCACAUGAAUGUCCUCAUCACCUGUGUCUUUGCCGCUUUCGUUCUGGGCGCGUUCAUCGCAGGAGUGGCAGUAUACUGCUAUCGGGACAUGUUUGUUCGGAAAAACAGAAAGAUCCAUAAAGAUGCAGAAUCUGCCCAGUCAUGCACCGACUCCAGUGGAAGUUUUGCCAAACUGAAUGGUCUUUUUGACAGCCCAGUCAAGGAAUACCAACAGAACAUUGAUUCCCCUAAACUAUACAGUAAUCUACUGACCAGUCGGAAAGAGCUGCCUCCCAGUGGAGAUACUAAAUCCAUGGUUGUGGACCAUCGGGGACAACCGCCAGAGCUGGCUGCUCUCCCCACACCUGAGUCCACACCUGUGCUUCACCAAAAGACCCUGCAGGCCAUGAAAAGCCACUCCGAGAAGGCCCAUGGCCACGGGGCUUCCAGGAAAGAAACUCCCCAGUUUUUCCCUUCCAGUCCUCCACCUCAUUCCCCAUUAAGUCACGGGCACAUCCCCAGUGCCAUCGUUCUUCCGAAUGCUACCCAUGACUAUAACACGUCUUUCUCUAACUCCAAUGCCCACAAAGCUGAAAAGAAGCUACAGCAUCUUGAUCACCCUCUUACAAAGUCAUCUAGUAAGAGAGAUCACCGGCGUUCUGUGGAUUCCAGAAAUACCCUCAAUGAUCUCCUGAAGCAUCUAAAUGACCCAAAUAGUAACCCCAAAGCCAUCAUGGGAGACAUCCAAAUGGCCCACCAGACCCUAAUGCUGGAUCCUGUGGGACCUAUGUCUGAGGUCCCACCGAAAGUCCCUAACCGGGAGGCAUCGCUAUACUCCCCUCCUUCAACUCUCCCCCGAAAUAGCCCAACCAAGAGAGUGGAUGUUCCCACCACUCCUGGAGUCCCAAUGACUUCCCUGGAAAGACAAAGGGGUUAUCACAAAAACUCCUCCCAGAGGCACUCUAUAUCUGCUAUGCCUAAAAACUUAAACUCACCAAAUGGUGUUUUGUUAUCUAGACAGCCUGGCAUGAACCGAGGAGGAUACAUGCCCACCCCCACGGGGGCGAAGGUAGACUAUAUUCAGGGAACACCCGUGAGUGUUCAUCUGCAGCCUUCCCUCUCCAGACAGAGCAGCUACACCAGUAAUGGCACCCUCCCUAGGACGGGACUAAAGAGGACACCGUCCUUAAAACCUGAUGUGCCACCAAAGCCUUCCUUUGUUCCUCAGACCACAUCUGUCAGACCACUGAACAAAUACACUUACUAGGCCUCGAGUGUGCUAUCCCGUGUGGCUUUAUCCUGUCCAUGUUGUUGAGAGGAUUAUGUUGUGAGGGUACCUUAAGACAAGAGACGUGCUUGUAUUUUAAGAGAACCACGUGGCCAAAGAAACUCUUUCUAACUUUGGCAACAGCAGAACUUGCCACAUGUCGCUACGCAGCAAGGCUUCUGUGUACUUGCCUGAAAACGAAGGAAGGUGCUGGUCAUUCCAUUUCUUUUGUUGGACGCUAAAGAGGUGUGCAGCUCCGAGGGGCUCCCUUACCAGGAUAAGGAGCUGGUUCAGUACUCAGAAGAAUCUGUGAACAAAUACUUGAAAAUGGGUUCAAUUUAGACUGCCAUUAUGUGUGGUCUUCCCAUUAAAUGUGAACAUUUUAAUAUGUAUGCAUUCACCUUGCCUCUUGCACAAAUGUCAAAAAAAAAAAAAAAAGAUGGUAAUGUCUAAAAAAAAAAAAAAAAA